AUGGCGAACCUCCUCUCCUCGGUCCCGACCCACGCGACGCUCCCGGACUGCUUCGUCUUCCCGCCCGAUCAGCGCCCGCCGGCCUCCACUCAGGCCGUCUCCCUCCCGGUCAUCGACCUCUCUCGCGGCCGCGACGAGGUCCGCCGCGCCGUCCUCGACGCCGGCAAGGAGCUCGGGUUCUUCCAGGUGGUCAACCACGGCAUCUCUGCGGAGGCGAUACGGGACAUGGAGGCGGCGUGCGAGGAGUUCUUCCGGCUCCCUGCGGAGGAUAAGGUGGCCUUCUACUCGGAGGACACGGACAAGCCCAACCGUCUCUUCUCCAGCACCACCUACGAGCUCGGUGGCGAGAAGUACUGGCGGGACUGCCUCCGCCUCGCUUGCGGCUCGCCCGUCGGCGACACCAAGAACAACUGGCCCGACAAGCCGCAAAAGCUCCGCGAGGUGGUUGAGAAGUUCGUGGAGCCGACGAGGGCCGUGGGGAUGGAGCUGCUGCGGCUGCUGUGCGAGGGCAUGGGGCUCCGGCCGGACUACUUCGAAGGGGACCUCACCGGCGGCGACGUGAUCAUCAACGUCAACCACUACCCGCCGUGCCCUGCGCCGGGCCUGACGCUGGGCCUGCCGCCCCACUGCGACCGGAACCUCAUCACUCUCCUGCUCCAGAGCACCGUUCCGGGCCUCCAGGUCUCCUACAAGGGCGACUGGAUCAACGUCGAGUCCGUGCCCAACGCCUUCGUCGUCAACUUCGGCCACCUGCUCGAGAUUGCGACCAACGGGGUUCUGAAGAGCAUCGAGCACCGGGCGAUGACCAACGGGGCGCUGGCACGAACGUCGGUGGCGACGUUCCUCAUGCCGGCCGCGGACAUCCCCAUCGGCCCCGCGGAGGAGCUCGUCGGCGAGGGCAACCCGCCGCGCUACCGCACUGUCACUUUCGACGAGUUCAUGCGCGUGUACAAGACCGUCGGCGCGCGGAGGGAGAGCGUGGAGAAGGCCUUCAAGCUUUAG